AUGUAUCCAGUCUUAGGAAGCGGAUUGAGCCGCUUGGGCGCGGGAAAUGCAAAAAUUUUCCCUUCAGUUUUCCGUUCUGUCAAGAAUGUUCGAAUGUACGCGUCAGAAAGGGAACUUCCAAAGACGACGACAACAUUGGAUUGGCCUACGUUUCUCAAAUUGAGAAAGAGCCGACGCCGCUUCGAAACUUUUACUUCCAUUCCUACAGCCGUGCUUGGACUUGGUGUAGGGUCCUCAUACUUUAUGACACGCGCUGUUGAUCCUACUGUGACCAUGAUGGGAUUGGACAUGUUUACGAUAUAUGUUUUAGCAACGAUUGCUUCUGGUGCUUUUGGAUGGUUAAUAGGACCUACCCUAGGACGUCAGGUCUGGACACUGAUUAAUCGCAAGCAAGCGAAUCAGAUUGCAUACCGUGAGGAGGAAUUCUAUAAGCACUUGAAGAAGAAUCGUGUCGUUCCUUCGAUGGAAAGCUAUUCCAAUCCUAUACCAGAUUAUUACGGAGAAAAGAUAUUUUCCUUAUGGGAUUAUCGCCGUUGGCUUCGUGAUCAAAAAGCGUACGUUCAACGUUCCUUCUUACGCACUACCCCAAAAAAGUAA